UCCCUCUGCACACGGAGUUGUUUUGAUGACGGACCCUGUUCCUCUCACUUCCGGUGUGUAACACGUGUGAGAUGGAGGUGGUUCUGCUGGGUCUGAGUGACGGGGAUCUGGACCCGGAGCGGUACCGAGCCUCGUUCAUAACCAACAAGCUGGGGGGGAAACCGGACUGGAUGCUUCCGGAGCCCUCGCGACAGGCUCCCCGCUGCGCGCGCUGCGGUGCCCCGUUAGCCCAAGUCGUGCAGGUUUACUGCCCCGUGCACAUCUGCCCCCCCCACCACAGGACACUUCACCUGUUCGCGUGCACAGGGUGCAGCAGCAGUUCAGAAACCUGGAGGGUGAUUCGCUCCCAGCGUCCGGAGGAGACUUCCUGCAGAAAGGCUCCGACUCAAGAGGCUCCAGCUGCCUCAGAGUGGUGCGACACCGCUGAGGACUGGGGGGAGGAAGAGGAGGAGGAGGAGGAGAGUGGAGGUGGGAGGAAGGAGAGCCAGGUGCAAGAGGAGGAAGCAGCUCCUCAGGAAGAAGCCGUCGGAGAGAUGCACGCGAGCCUCGGUCUUCAGGAUCUGACCCUCGGAGACGACGUUCCUGAGGAAAACGUUCCAGAACUCCGCUCGUUCUUCAUCAGCGUGGUGGAGGAAUCUGAGCUUUUCGGAGAGGAAGACGAGCUGCAUCACGCUCAGAAGCUUCUGCGGGAAUACGAGAGGAGGGAGGGGGUCUCCGCGGGGGAGAUGGAGGACGAAGAGGGAGGCGGAGGUGAGGAGAAAUACGAGAAGACGAAAGCCAGACACGGAGACGCCGUUUUCUCUCGCUUCAUGAAGAAGAUCUCGCUCUGUCCGCAGCAGAUUCUGCGCUACAGCCGGCGAGGGAAACCUCUCUUCAUCUCACAGCCGCCGGAAAACAUGCAGGUGCCGAAAUGUGGAUCCUGCGGUGGGGACCGGACGUUUGAGAUGCAGCUGAUGCCCGCUCUGGUGAGUCUUCUGAGGGGGAGGGAAGAGGAGGAAGUGGAGGUGGAGUUUGGGACGGUGCUGGUGUUCACCUGCAACAACAGCUGCUGGACGGAGGAUUCGGGAUCCACUGUGGAGGAAAUCUGCUUCGUGCAACCGGACCCCGACCAGAAGCUCUUCAAAUGACGAACUUCAACAUCAACAUUAACCUCAAAGAAGAACUCAGAAAGUCAAAUAAAUACAAAUAAAUCCUCCCUUUUUAAGGAACGAUUCUUUAAAGAGGUUCUAUUAUAGUAUUAUAUGUGUUGGGUGUUCCCUCUCCUGUAGGUUUGAGUGCAUGUAAAUGGUCUGCAGAGGCUAGAAUCUCUUGUGUGUCUCUCCCCCCUCCGGCUUGAAACGCCUCCAUUGUUUACUUCCAGUGACAUCAUCUCUAUGUAACCCUCCUAUUGGCUAACACUCCACAACACAUUGUACGUGACAGGCAAAGGGGGCGGGGCAUCUCUCUAAAGCAGGUUGACCAAUCGCAACAGAGCAUCCCAGUUUACCAAUCCAUAUUUUAUGUUGAAGAACACAUUUUUUUUUUUUUAUCUCUUCAGCUUGUGUUCACCACAAACCUUAUUUCAGACUAACAACCAAAAACACAUUCAGAAAACCAUUGACUUCCAGACCAGGGGACAGGAAUGUUGACUCAUUUCUGCACCUCUCUAAAGGAACAAUAAUAAGAUGAAGUCAGAUUAUUAUUCUCUGAACAUUAUCCACUCCACUGGCUCUGCCAUCUAUUUAUAUUUACCAACAAUGACUUUAAUGAGCCGUCUCAUUUGCAGUCAUUUCACAAAAAAUAUCCAUAUUGUCUUGUCAUAUCUUUGUUUGUAUUUGAUCUGCACAGGUUUAAUGAAUGAUGCAGUUCCAACAAUGAACACAAGAUGGAGUAUUCACUUGUGAGUGUGUAGAAAUGUAAUCACCCAGGCCCAGUAGUUCAAAACCUUUAAUCUCAAUCAGAUCCGAUCAGAUUUUGAAAUCCCAUUUUUUGUGAUCCAGGAUCAGACAAGUCGCCAGAUUUUGUCCCAGUAGUUCAAAGCAAUUCAGGAUCACCUGAUCCAGAAUCAGACUUCUCAAGAUGACUAGAUCCUGAAUAUCAGUGCUUUAAUCCUACUGAUCUCCAUCUAGUGGAUAUGAAAGAUAAUACAAGGAAGACAAGAGACCACAUUGCAGAGACUUCUAUAGUCCGCAAUUACUUUUGAAAGGUGAUGAGAGACGAUGGACUUUUUUGUUGUUGAAGAUAUGUUUUCUUUAAUCUAAAUUACAUUUGUGAUUGACAAUCUUUGUUGUGAUAAGCAUAAACAUUUGUGUCAUCAACAUUUGGUUGAAAACAAAAUAGGCCACAAACGUGACCAAAAAAUGAAAAAUAAAAUGGAUUUGCCAUGAAGGCUAAAAAUGGUGUAUUAUUUCAGUUAACAAACUUUGAAACAUAUUUUUAAAUACAUUGUACAUUUUGCUCUGGUAAUCCACUGGAAACCCACCCCUCUGGUGGGAUCAAGAUAAUCCAGUUUUUUGGGAUCAAACUGAUCCAAAUCCUGUGUUGUCGGUUUGAACUACCCGUUUUGAAGAUUUGAUCCAGAUUAAAGCUUGGAUUGGAUUUCCUGAUCGGAUAUCAAAGUGAUCCUAAUCCUGAUUUUUGGUUUUGAACUACCCAAAAUCCAAAUCUGAUCCCAUCAGAUGGGGAUUAAAAGUUUUGAACUCCUGGGCCUGGGUGAUCAGAUGCAGGUGUGUGGGACGGUAGCAAACAGUUUUUGACCAUGUCGGCAGACGCCGUGUCGAUAUGAGCUGUGUGUUAAACCUGUUUGUAUUCAGCGUGACUGGCGUCGUGCAUAUAUUGGUAUCUGAAUGAUAACAGAAAGGCAAUAUGGACAGCAAAAUAAAUGGAUCGAUGGAUUGAAAGAUA